AUAAACGGGGAACGGAAAGAUCACUGCAGAAUGGUACUGCAGUGAACGUGAAGAGUGCAACGGCUAUAAGGAUGCCGUCACAGCAAGUUGAAACGGCUAUAUGGAUGCCGUGUUAUCGCAAAACGAAAAGGGAGCGGCUAUACGGAUGCUGUCACAACAGCAAAAAGAACUGGGUAUCGUGAAACCAGUACAAGUGGAUAAAAGAUCACCGCAGAAUGGUACUGCGAGUGGCAAUUGUCGUGACGGUAGCGCGACACUGCAAAAAUUGCAGAGAAAUGAAAGGUCACCGUAUUGCAGCGAGAAGGUGUUGGCAGAGCGACGCGCACAACGGAAUGCAAAGAUCCAACAGGCACUCUUGACACAAAGGUCACUACCGCAGAAUGAUACUACGAGUGGAAAAGUUCAAAGGUCAAGGUGCAGCUCAUGUGAACCAGAAGACAAUGAUGAAGUGCACCAUUCAAAGUUCCGGAAAUAUUUCGAAAUCAAUUACGAGACGCUGAAGAAACAGCAAGCGGAACGGAUACGGCUGCAGAACGAGACUGCGAGCAAAGAAAAUGAAAGGUCGCCUUCUGUUGGAAAAGUGCAAGCGAAAGGUCAAGGAGCAAGUGCAAACGUUAAAGGUCAUGGCGAAAGCGCCAUGUUAAAAGGUCAAGAAACGGACUUGACACUGCGAACAGCGCAGCAAAAGCAAAAUGAUACUGCUGAACGGAUACAACAGGUCUCCGAUGACUCACUUGAAGAUGCAGAAACGCUGCAACGGAAGGAAAUGUGGCAAAAAGUGGCCUACAGACCAAAUGGCAAUCACGGGAUGUGGAUACCAGUGACGCCGAAAGCGAAACAGAAAGCGAGAAUGUCACAAGAGGAUUACUGGGACAUGCAACAGUUGCGGACACAAUGUGAAAGAAGGAGAUUAGAAGAAUUGGUUACUGGUAAACCAGUACAAAGGUCACCGAACCAAGUCCCAGUAUUCAACGCAGCUGAGUAUAAGAACACGCUCGCUGAUCUGAGAGAUCCACGAAAUGCACCGCCAGAGAAUAAACCGUCAAACUAUGGAGAAAAAGUCCCCAUACAAAAGUUGUCAAGCGGCGGAUUUGUCAUGAAGCGCAAUAAAAGGUCACGGGACUUAGCGCAAAACGAACAAAAAAGAAGGUCAAAUGAGGCGGUAAAAACGCAGCAGAGUAGUGCAGUUGAAAGGUCACGGGACUUAACACAAGCACUGCAAAAAGAUGCCAAUAAUAAGUCACCAGCUCGAACAGAUGAAAUGCCUUCGCAAAUCGAUCCGACGAAAACGAACAAUGAAGUAUCCGCGAAGGUGAUUGAAUGGAUGACCCAAAAUGGAUAUGAGAUGGAAACAUAUGAAAGGUCACCAGACGAGCCGAGAGACAGCGAAGAAGAGGAGCUAAAACGAGCUGACCAGAUAACAAGUAAAGUCAUUGGGAAAUUGCGAGAUGAACGGAAAGAUGACCGGAAAGAAGAAGUGCUGCAUCAGACGAUUACCGAAGUGGUUAAAGGUCACAGCACUUUAGCGAACGAGCAGGUGCAGAAGGGUGAAAAGGUCACCACAGAUAAGUCUGCUAAGGGAAGAGAACGUGAGGAGUCAAAAGAAACGAACAAGAAAAAACCUAGAAAAUUUUAUGACGUUCGAACUAACGUGCCACACAGAAUUGACAAGCUGAGGUCACAGCACAACAGCGAAAGGGCAAGUGCUUUCUGACAUGGAUCCGGGACCAGUAUCGUUGACCCCAGUGAAAUGUAAGAUCCACACCUUGAAGAUUCAAAACGGAAAAUUGCCCAAGAGAAUUGAAGCAUACACACAUGAAGUGAAAGCGGGAGACAUAAAGGUCACCGCAAUGCUGGACACUGGCG